GGCGGAACACGGGGAAUGAAUUCCGCGUAUGCGCCGAGAGCUGAUGGCGGCUCUGUCCAUCCUCAGACUGUAAAGAUACGGAACCGUUGCUCAGCGACGCGUCACAGCCCUCCACAUGAGCUAAUGCCCCUGGACAGUGAGCAGCAGGAAGAGCCAGCGCAGACACGCGCUUUAGAGCCGCGGCUUAAGUCUGACACACGGCGGAUGGACCGUGCGCCCGGACGCUUUAAACUGGACCAGUGCCUUUUACUGUGGGUGACUUCAACAGCCCUGAGGACAGUCCACAAUAGCUCUUGUUGCUAAAAGGGCUGCACACGUAUAGAGCAAUGGAUCUGCUCAAAGUGCUUCAGGUGGAUGAGUUGGCCCAUGGCCUGGCAAACUUCUCCAUGUUCCCAUACUUUGACCUGGCGCAUUACAUCGUGUCAGUGAUGUCCCUCAGAGAACAGCCAGGAGCGUUGGAGGUGUCCCGGGUCAGUCCGUUGGCCUGCUGGUUCAGUUCUAUGCUCUUCUGUUUUGGAGGAGCUGUUCUCUCGGGGAUUAUGCUGGCCGAGCCCCCUGUGGCACCGCUGUCCAACGGAACCAGUGUCCUUCUGGCCACAAUUGUCUGGUACCUCGUGUUCUACUGUCCCGGGGAUCUGUUGUACUGCUGCUCCGCCUUACUGCCCCUGCGGCUGGUGCUGUCCGGGAUGAAGGAGGUGACCAGAACGUGGAAGGUGCUGGGAGGUGUAACUCAGGCGCAUAAGAAGUACAAGGACAGUCUGCUGGUCAUGAUCGCCAUCGGCUGGGCAAGAGGAGCCGGGGGAGGCCUGAUAAGCAAAUUUGAACAGCUUGUACGAGGCGUGUGGCAGCCAGAAACGAAUGAGCUUCUGAAAAUGACCUACCCCACAAAGAUCACGCUGAUUGGAGCCGUGUUAUUCGCUCUGCAGCAGACCCAGUACUUGCCCGUUCAAAAGCACCACUUGAUGCUCGUCUAUACAGUGUUUCUCGUUGCCAAUAAGUCGAGGAUGAUGCUGACCGGCUCCUCCGCCUCCCCCUUCGCUCCCAUCGAGUCCAUCAUUUACAAAACACUUUUCAUCGGCUCCUCCCCUUACGCCGCCCUCACCGACGACCUGCAGGACUCGUGCACGGACCGAGACGCCUCCGCCUCCUCCGGCGACAGGGGGCCUGUGAAAAAGCGCACGGCGGCCUCUCAAAACAACGGGAAAAACGGGUCGCUCCAAGCCAAAGACCAGCCGGAGAACGCGGACACGGGACGUAGCAAGAAGUCCGAUUAGUCACUGUUUGCCUGUGGCCCCUGUUCAGCUCCUAGUCGGGCUCGGGGGCCAUUUGUGAUUCACUCGUCAGGGGUCAUUUGAACUUCUCCUCAGCCUUUACUUGUUUUUACCAAAUGAAGCUUUAGCUGGUUUGUCUGUUCCUAACCGUGGGGUAUGAGAACAUUUAUGACGCACUCUUUCACUUCUUUUAUUUCAUUUGUUCAUCUUAAGGAGAUAAUGUAGCAGAAAAUCCAUUUGUAUAUUUAUAUUUAUGUUUAAAGUGCUGUUUUUUCAGGGCUUUUAUGAAAUGAAGUGUGAGGUUUUGGGAACAGUGCGUCUGAUUCUGAUCUAUGAGCGAGUGAAUGUCUUUCUGCUUUUUGUAAAUGCUCGAUUUCUUACAGAGGAAAAUAUUUGAAACAUGAGAUUAUAUUAUAUCAGAUGUUUUAUUCUAUUUAUACAGUUCUAUCUGCACUUUUGAGUGUGUGACAUUUCCAAAGGAAGACAUGUUAGUGUUUUCUGUUUCUUCAUUCGAUGCUUUGAAUUACAAUUGAAAGCAUAAGAAUAAAACUCUUCCACAAA